UCGGCCUGCCCUGCCGUUGACGUUGCACCUGACAGAGCGAUAUUUUUUUUUCCCUUUCCUUUGUCGAUGCCAGAGAUGGAUUAGUGUAUACUGUUUCCAAGCUAUCUUGUUUUUCAGGUUCUUGUUUGAAUAUUGCCUUCGAUCAAGACUUCAAAUAUUUAUCAAAAUAUCAAACUAUUUACCUACUUUGUUUAUAUCGGUCUACUGUCCAGGCUCUGAAUAUAGAGAUCUUCGUUUGUGAACAUAAGCAAUACCCCCUGUCCGUUUCCGUGAAUAUAACUCCGAGCCCCGGACCACAUAGAAUUACAUACUCCUGCGCUGGUAAAACGGUCAAUGAGCGACCGCAAGUACGAUGGAAUCGAGGAUGACGAAGACCGAGGCCCUUUAAGCGAUUUCGAUUUCGAUUCCGAGGAGGAAUCUGCUGUGCCUACACCUGGGCUCGGUAUCCGAGAUGAGAACGGACAAGAUGCAACUCCACUGGUGGCGUCGCGUGGCGGCACCUUGAAUAUCGACACGUCCGAUGCAGCACUCGCUGAACGAGGAAGAAGGCCAAGCGACGCAUCUAAGAAAGUAGUGGCUUGGAAAGAUCUACCUAAGAAAAAGCAAUUGACUGUUAUCACCCUAGCUAGACUCAGCGAGCCAUUGGUCCAGACAUCUCUGCAGUCGUAUAUGUUCUAUCAGCUACGAUGGUUCGAUCCAAGCCUACCGGACUCUACUAUCUCGAGUCAGGCAGGUCUUCUCCAUGCGAGCUUCACAGCCGCCCAGUUCUUCACGGCUAUGAUGUGGGGUCGUGUAGCUGAUUCCACAUGGGCCGGCCGUAAGACAGUUAUUCUGAUAGGAUUACUGGGAACCCUUAUUUCCUGCGUUGGAUACGGAUUCUCGACGACGUUUUACCAAGCUCUAUUCUUCAGAUGCUUAGGGGGCGCAACUAACGGCAAUGUCGGAGUAAUGAGAACCAUGAUUAGCGAGAUAGUCCGCGAGAAAAAGUACCAGUCUCGAGCGUUUCUAAUCCUACCAAUGACAUUCAACAUUGGCGUUAUCGUCGGUCCAGUUUUAGGUGGCGUUCUAUCGGAUCCAGCUGGUUCAUUUCCCGAUACGUUCGGCAACAUAGGUUUCUUCCUGAAAUUCCCCUAUGCUACGCCGAAUCUCGUCAGUGCGGGAUUUCUGUCUAUUGCCCUAAUGUUGUGUUGGCUGUUUUUGGAAGAGACACACGACGCUCUCCAAGAUAGACGCGACAUCGGAAUUAUCUUGGGCAACAAAUUAACUUCAUUGUUCAAGAGACGUAAAACGACCAUAGCGUAUACACGUCUACACUCACGAGAUUCUAGCAUAAGUGCGAGUCUUGAGAUGUCGCCUGUCACACCUCGAGACUCCAUUGAAGACGCACCGACAUCCAAGAAACUAACCACUAGACGCCGGUAUAAGACUAGGUUACCUUUUCGCCGUAUUUUCACAUCGAAUGUGACCCUUACGUUCGUUGCUCAUUUCUUUCUCGCAUUCCACGUUGGUACAUUUAAUUCGCUAUGGUUCGUUUUUCUCUCAACGCCCGUCUUCAACCCGAAGGAUCCACAUCCGCCAGGCUUCGUUCCGCAAUUGCCCUUCCGAUUUACUGGUGGGCUUGGCUUGCCUCCGAGUUCCGUCGGUAUGGCUAUGGCGAUCUUGGGUGUAAUUGGUAUUACAAUGCAGCUAUUCCUGUACCCUCGCAUGUCGUCACGUCUAGGUACCGUGCUCUCGUGGCGCAUGUGUCUAUUCCUGUUCCCUGUCGCAUACGUAUUUAUUCCGUUCCUAUCAAUCGUACCAUCAACGACAGAACCUCCUAGUCAGAAGACAGGCCCUUGGAUAUGGAUGGCUAUUGCUGGCGUUCUGUUCAUUCAAGUUACGGGACGGACCUUCGCCCUACCUGCUCAGACGAUAUUGGUCAAUAACUGUACCCCGCAUCCUAGUGUACUGGGUACCGUCCACGGACUCGGGCAAAGCGCCAGUAGUCUCGCCCGAACCGUCGGACCGAUCCUAGGCGGUUGGCUUUACGGCCAAUGUUUAAGCCAUGGCAUAGUCGGCGGCGUAUUCUGGGGUCUUGCUGGUAUCGCCGUGUGCGGUUUUAUCGCAAGUUUCUUUGUUAGAGAAGGGAAUGGUCACGAAAUAUGGUUAGAAGGGGAUGAAGAUGACGAAGAUGGGAAUAAAUAAGCAUAAGAAUUUUCAUUUUUGGAUACACGCCAUGGAAUAGAAAACUACGGGUCAUUAUGAGGUAUGAUAGAUAUGGAUUUGUAUAGAUUUGGUUUGAAUUGAGUAUAUACAUCCU